AUGCUUACUCCAAAAGCGUGUGUUACUAUUGGAGGAGAGUUGAUAAGCAUUUAUGAGCGGGACGGUGAAGAUGGUGUUUUAAAGUUUGCCGAUGAGAAAAUGACAUCGAUGCUCUAUGAUGAUGGGAGAGAGCCGCAUCGUGUGAAAAUACAGGAUUACAUCAAGUGGAAGAAAUCAGUGAAUGUUCAACUCGGUUUAAGCGACAUGAAUAAUAGUGAAUCCUUGGAGGCAAAGUUUAAGGAGCAUGAUGCGCUUUGGAGGCUGAAUAAGCGAGGAGUGGAAGGAGAGAACAUCAUUCACUUACUACUAAACCGGUGAGU